GGUCCAUAGUCGGUUGGUUUUGAUUCCGGGGAUUAUGCUCACGCCGAUGUCUACCCGCAUUUGAAUCGCUAGACUUGGGCUGGUGUAGCAACUGGGACUAAUCCGUGGGCAGGAUGGUCGGGCCAAAGGAUGGGAGGCGGAAUCCGUCCUUUCUCGGUGACGACGGUGCAGCCAUUGACCUGGGUAAGGAAAUCGCGAGGGAGUACGGGAACAAUGAUUCCAACUUCAGUCACCUUCAGACGCCGUCCACCGCGCCUAAGGAACAAAUGACCAUAGCCGAGGGCGAGGAGGAGCGAGCGACCUGGGGAAGUGGACUCGAGUUUUUGAUGUCUUGUAUCGCGAUGUCCAUCGGCCUGGGGAACGUGUGGCGGUUUCCUUUCACGGCGUACGAAAACGGCGGCGGCGCCUUCCUGAUACCGUACAUAAUCGUCCUUUUCGUCGUCGGCAAGCCGUUUUACUAUCUCGAGAUGAUAAUGGGCCAGUUCACCAGCAGAUCAUCGGUCAAGAUGUGGGCGCUGGCUCCCGGCUUCAAGGGUGUCGGUUGGGCGCAGAUGUUCUCGAUGAUCUCCGUCGGGACGUACUACUGCUCUCUGAUGUCCUUGACGCUAUUCUAUCUGAUCAAAAGUUUCAGCUACGAACUCCCGUGGUCCACGUGCCUUGAGGAGUGGGAUGGCUGCGUGGACUCUGUCAAGUCCAACAACUCCGUAAUAACUGGAAACGGGACGAUGAGGAGUUCCGCGGAGCUAUACUUCUCGAAAACUGUUCUGAGGGAAAAGGAGAACAUUGACGAUGGCAUUGGGCUGCCUGAUUGGAGGCUUACGAUGUGUCUACUUUUCGCAUGGUGUUGUAUAUUCGGCGUACUUGCCCGAGGAGUGAAGGGAUCAGGGAAGGCGGCCUACUUUCUGGCCAUCUUUCCCUACAUAAUUAUGAUAGCUCUGCUCAUUCGAGCCGUGACUCUAGAAGGCGCCAUCGAUGGAAUAAUUUUCUUCAUCAAACCGAACUGGGAAAAACUGUUCGACCCCAACGUCUGGUACGCAGCGGUUACGCAGUGUUUUUUCUCUCUGUCGGUUUGCUUUGGUGGAGUGGUUAUGUACUCGUCGUACAACGAAUUCGACCACAACAUUUACAGAGACGCGAUGGUUGUCACGACCCUCGACACUUUCACCAGUCUCAUGGCUGGCUUCACGAUAUUUGGAAUACUCGGUAAUCUCGCCCAUGAACUUGGCACGGACGAUAUUCGCAACGUUGUUCGGGGAGGCACUGGUCUCGCAUUCAUAUCGUACCCAGACGCCAUCGCCAAGUUUUCGGUGUUGCCUCAGGCCUUCUCCUUUCUCUUCUUUCUUAUGCUAUACGUCUUGGGCAUCGGCAGCGCCAUUGCCUUGGCCGGUGGAAUAAACAGCGUGAUUUGCGACCAGUUCCCAACCUGGAAACACUGGCACGUUGUCCUGGGAACGUCCAUCUUCGGGUUUCUGGUUGGAAUGGUAUACUGCACGCCGGGAGGCCAGUUUGUGCUUCAGUUAGUUGAUUACUACGCAGGAUCCUUCAUCGUCUUUGUACUCGCCACUUUUGAGGUGACUGGUAUAUUUUGGGUCUACGGACUGGAGAACUUCAUCGACGACGUUGAAUUCAUGCUUAACAGACGACCGUCAGUUUACUGGAGGUUAUGCUGGGGCGUCGUGACGCCGGUUCUUCUCGCUGCGAUCCUCAUUUACACUAUUGCGAUAAUGGAACCAUUGAAGUACAGCGGCAUUUCGUAUCCAGACAGUGCCCACACUGCUGGAUGGCUGCUCAUGACGUUUGGAGCUAUCCAAAUUCCCCUGUGGAUGGGGGUGACGAUAAUUUCCAAGCGAAAUCUGGGGCUUCCCGAGAUGAUUUACGCCGCCUUCGAGCCUUCCAAGCACUGGGGACCAAAAAACCCGGCGCGACUGGCUUCCUGGCGCGAAUUCAAGGAAUGUGCUAGAAAAAGACGAGCAGAAAGGACCGCCUCGAAGUUUAAGCAGAUCCUGUACGUACUGAUAGGCCGCGAGGACAAAUUGUAAUCCAAAUCCCAGCAACAUGGAAUAUUCAUAAUCACCAUUGACGCGUUGCCGAUUGCCAAUUAGCUUUAACACGAUAGAGCACUUUAUACGUCAUUUUUUUUAAUUCUAGACUGUAUUAUGUUACGUUCGUAACACACAUGCCAAGUGCAAGCACAUCAGGACAAUCAAUAAAUAGCCUGCAGACGAUAAUGUGUAGUAUAAAUAUCACAAAGUUAAAAAAGUAGAUCGCUAGAAAGUUGCUAAAUCAAAACUUUGAGAAGUUGCUCUUGUUAUUUUUAUUAUUGUUAUUUUAUUAUUCUUAUUCUUAUUAUUAUUAUUA